AUGAUCUCUGCUCGUGCUUUCGUUGCGCCGUCGCGCCAAUGCCUGCGCAGAGUUCGCGUCGCUCCCAGCUGCCCGUCGCCAUUUUCCCAGAUUCGAGGCUAUGCUGCUGCCGCCGACGAGGCUGUUGCUAAGUUCAAGGGACAGAAGGGUUCUGACGGAAAAUACACGGUAACUCUGAUUGAGGGUGAUGGUAUCGGUCCCGAGAUUUCGCAGUCCGUCAAGGACAUUUUUUCGGCAGCAAAUGCCCCUAUCAAAUGGGAACCCGUUGAUGUGACCCCCAUUCUCAAGGAUGGCAAGACCGCCAUUCCCGACGAUGCUAUCCGCAGUGUGCAGAAGAACUUUGUUGCGCUGAAGGGACCUCUGGCUACUCCCGUUGGAAAGGGUCACGUUUCUCUGAACCUGACCCUGCGCCGUACCUUCAACCUCUUCGCCAACGUCCGUCCCUGCCGAUCGAUCGCUGGCUACAAGACCCCCUACGACAACGUCGACACUGUCCUGAUCCGUGAGAACACCGAGGGUGAAUACUCCGGCAUUGAGCACGUCGUUGUCGAUGGUGUUGUUCAGAGUAUCAAGCUUAUCACCCGCGAGGCUUCCGAGCGUGUCCUCCGCUUUGCUUUCCAGUAUGCCCGCGCGAUCAACAAGAAGAAGGUCCGUGUUGUGCACAAGGCCACCAUCAUGAAGAUGUCCGACGGUCUCUUCCUGAACACUGCCCGGGAAAUCGCCAAGGAGUUCCCCGACGUCGAGUUCGAUGCUGAGCUCCUGGACAACGCCUGCCUGAAGAUCGUUACCGACCCCACCCCCUACAACGACAAGGUCCUGGUCAUGCCCAACCUGUACGGUGACAUUCUGUCCGACAUGGGCGCCGGUCUGAUCGGUGGUCUGGGUCUCACUCCCUCCGGUAACAUUGGUGACGAGUGCUCCAUCUUCGAGGCUGUCCACGGUUCCGCUCCUGACAUUGCUGGCAAGGGUCUCGCCAACCCCACUGCUCUGCUGCUCUCCAGUAUCAUGAUGCUCCAGCACAUGGGUCUGACCGAGCACGCUGGCCGCAUCCAGAAGGCCAUCUUCCAGACCCUGGCUGAGGGAAAGACUCUCACCGGUGACCUUGGUGGCAAGGCCAAGACUCACGAGUACGCUGAUGCUAUCAUUAAGCACCUGUAA